GACGCUGCUCGGUGCGCUCUCUGGCACUCCUCCCUCCUCCUCCUCCUCUUCCUCCUCCUCUUCCUCCUCCUCCUCUCCUCUUCACUUCACUUGCUCCUCGGCACUCCGGCAGUCUCCAGCGGGCUCGGCUGAACUGAGCACUGAGGACGAUGAGGCGUGAGGAUGGAUUCGGAUCUGGAUGCGGCUCUCUUCGCGCUGUGGAUUCUGUUCCGGGGAGACUUUUCCAGCUGAAUGAAGAGAAGCGGGACCAGGAGGCGCGCGCGGAGUGAAACUUUCCAGGACACAGAGAGAGAGAAAGAGAAAGAAAGAGUGUGAAAGAGGACUCGUCCCGUGCGCUGGCAUCCGUGUAACGAUGUGAGGAACGGGCUCGCUGCGCGCACGUCUUGGACUGAAUGGGAAUAAAGUGCAGCCGCUGCGUCAGAGCUGAGCGCGCGGCCGUUACGCACGGAGGCAGCUCGGCUGCGCUCUCCUCCUCCUUCUUCACUUAUUUUCCUUUUAGUUUGUUUCUUUUAAGAUUUUAACUCUGGACAAAAAAAAAAAAAAGGAGAGAAAAAGUGAUCCCACUCCUCCUCUGACAGAAAAUGAGUAUCUGUCUCUUCCGACUGGCACUCCUCGUGGCUUGCGUCCUCUCCAUCAGCGGCACCGUUGCGCCUGGGACGGAGGCGGAGGCGGAGGCGGAGGCGCGCGCCGCGUCCCGGGAUACCUGCGCGUCCUGCGGCGGCGCGGCUCAGCCGGAGGAGCCCGAGGAGGGCCGGCCCGACGGGGAGCUGCUGGAGGCGGUCAAGAGGCACAUCCUGAGCAGGCUGCAGAUGCGGGAGAGGCCCAACAUCACGCACCCGGUCCCCAAGGCGGCCAUGGUGACGGCGCUGCGCAAGCUGCACGCGGGGAAGCUGCGCGAGGACGGGAGGGUGGAGAUCCCCAACCUGGACGGACACCCGAUGAGCAGCGAGCUGGAGGAGAGCUCGGAGAUCAUCAGCUUUGCGGAGAAAGAUGAUUUGGUGACCUCCAAGUCCAGCCUGUUCUUCCUGAUCUCCAGCGAGGGCAACCAGAACCUGUACGUGACGCAGGCCACCCUCUGGCUCUACUUCAAGCUGCUGCCGCCGCCCGCGGAGGUCCGCGGCCGGCGGAAGGUGACGGUGAAGGUGUACUACCAGGAGCCGGGCCUGGGCAGCAAGUGGAACCUGGUGGAGAAGCGGGUGGAGCUGAAGCGCAGCGGCUGGCACACCUUCGCCCUGACCGACGCCGUCCGGCUGGUGUUCGAGAAGGGCGACCGGCGCCAGAACCUGGACGUGCGCUGUGAGGGCUGCGAGGCGGAGGGCGUCGCGCCCAUGCUGCUCAGCCUCAACGACGAGUCGCACCGGCCCUUCCUGGUGGUGCAGGCGAGGCAGGCCGACAGCAAGCACCGCAUCCGGAAGCGCGGGCUGGAGUGCGACGGCAGCAGCAGCCUGUGCUGCCGCCAGCAGUUCUACAUUGACUUCCGCCUGAUCGGCUGGAACGACUGGAUCAUCGCGCCGUCGGGGUACUUUGGGAACUACUGCGAGGGCAACUGCCCGGCCUACAUGGCGGGCGUGCCCGGCUCGGCGUCGUCCUUCCACACGGCGGUGGUGAAUCAGUACCGCAUGCGGGGGAUGAGCCCCGGAUCCAUGAACUCCUGCUGCAUCCCCACCAAGCUGAGCACCAUGUCCAUGCUCUACUUCGACGACGAGUACAACAUCGUGAAGCGGGACGUUCCCAACAUGAUCGUGGACGAGUGCGGCUGCGCCUGAGUGUUUUGUUGGGGUUUUUUUUCCUGUUUAUUUAACGUGGAACUGAAAAAGAGUCACGAUUUUUUAAAAAUAUAACAGAAUAUUUAUGGACAGAGAAAACACGCGCACACACAACCUCAUCCACGCAUAUCUACUCACCCUCAUGUAUGCCUGCACAAAAACUUGUAUAUAUAUUUAUGUUUGUCGACGAUAGUUGAGUAUAUUUCUCAGUCUCCUGCAAAACAGAGGCGAAGAGCUCUCUUCCAAAUCGUUAAGAAUCCACUCUGGGAACCGAUUCUUUAGGUAUCUCUAAGAUAACGAGGAUCUGGUUUCCUAAAGCGGACGAGACUUGCUUAACCUACUAGCCUUUACGAAUCAGCAUCCCUCGAUGCAAUUUCUGUUAGAGUAGGUGCUGGCUGGUGGGUUCUCUCGUCCUGGAAUGAAACUCUUGGUAAACCUUCCUGAAAGGAGGUGCAGGGAGCCUUAAGCCAAGUGAUCCAGCUAUGCCUCUUUCACGAAAAACGCUUGGUGUUUUGGGACGGGCACCGAAAAACGUCUUCACUCCAUUUCCAACCAACUUUCAGCACUUCUGGCCCGGGGUCACGCCGAAGAACUUUGUUCUACCGUUAAAAUAAAAAAAAAUACAAUCAAGCCACAAAGAUUUCAAUGCCCUCCGAAACUGAUUGAACGCACAAGGUUUCUAUUUGCAGCGCAAAACGGUCCAAACUGGCAAAGAAAGGCGAGAUGACAUUCAAAGCCUGAUUCUCAAGGAGGCGACCUGAUCUAAAAGCUUUUUGAAGGCAGAAAAUCUCAACCGUAAUCAACUGAAGGAAACCAUUCACCUAUGAGGAGUCUUUUUCUGUACUUUCUAAAACUGAGAACAUCAGGACGGCGUGAAGUCUGAAGAAGCAUUAGUGUAAUUUUCUCUACGAAAUCAAGUCAAACAAUCUUUUCUUCCUGACAGAAAGUCAAGCCUGAACGAUACCUGAAUGUCUGAACAGUUAACCAUAAAAAAUCCUCUAAAGCUUCAACGCUCCACCAAGAUAAAGAGACCAUUUGGGUUGACAGUUUAUUAUUGGGCAACAACUGUGGUAUCAGUCAAUCUUAAUGACCCGAUCAAUGUACCAGAGGCAAGUAAUUCCAGAAGGUCUACCGACUGGCAGCUCUUGCUGUCUUCUACCAAUAAACUUGGUCCAGUUUCCCAAUGGAAAACAAGACAAACCAUGUCAAAUCAAUCAUACUGGCAGCAGCUCUCCACCUUUCCUAAAAGUCAAACUUUUACUCGCUAAUCUGAUUUUGGAAAGAAUAUCUGAACCGACUUCUCGUUUGUUUAUGUUUGAGACCUUUUCCUUGAAAGGAGUUCAGUUGAAACAACAAUAAGAUGCGUUAUUUCAGUCAGUGACAAGUUGCCAUAUUGCUAAGUUCAGUGAUGGCGCACUUCCUCAACACACACACACACCCACCCAUACACACUCAUACAGCACUCGCAGACUGAAAUGCCUUUUGAGGAGCCGCAAGUCCUUCGGAAAAAUAAAGAAAUAAGUGCCGCAUGAUCUAUGCAAUGUAUAGUAUUUUACCCGUUCAUCAGAUAAGCUGAACCUGAGCUCAAGUGACAAAACUAUCAGCGAUACUUGAAAUGUCCGUGAGGCGGGCGGAGGCGGGGCGGCUUCCAUCAGGACGCCAUAAUCUUUUAAUCUGUUUAGGAAAAAAAGGAGGGGUAGUCAGAAUCUGACGGGUUUCUGAAGGAUCUCCAUCCCUGAAUCUGUAACGUCUCCGUGCCUCUGUGAAGUCGUGCGCUGAAAAGUAAAAAGAGGCUAACUGGGGCUAACUUUGACCCAAAUGCGACGCACGAAAAGUGAUUUUUUUUUUUUUUUUAAAGGAACGCGUCCCCGCGGACUUCCCAUCACGGCCCGUUUGGCACACUUUGAGACACACUUUCAGCCCUCAGUCACUUUGAUGUUUUCAGGUUAAAGUCUUGUUUCCACAACCUUGUUCCUUUCCCGCGCUCCCAGCUGCACGUCUCAAGGUCAGGACCUCCCCGCCGCCACCUCGCCGCCCUCCACCUGCCGCUCUGAUCUUUUGCUUUUUCAUCAAAGCGAACGGUUGUUAGAAAUAUUUGCACUGAGGCGACAAAAACAAGAUAAAAAAACUGCCAUUGAAAGU